AAGCCUGAAGAAAAGAAACUAAAACAUUCAAGAAUCAAAAUAUCUACCAACACCAUGACUUGUUCUUGUUCUUCGUCUCCACCACAAAACUUCUUGUUCUACUUCUUCUUGUUCAUCUCAUUCGUCAGCUUAACACAACAACAAUUCUCUGUCGACAUAGACAGUCCUGUAUGGGAAUUUCCCUCACAAGGAUCAUGUUUAUCCCCUCAAAGCAACUUUGCUGAUUCCGCCUUCUCCAAAAAUCUCAACCGUUUGGUCUCUUCAAUCCAUUUUCUCACUCCCAACAAUUAUGGUUUCUACAAUCUCUCCAGCGGAAGAGACUCGGAUCAAGAACGAGUCGAGGCCAUCGGACUUUGCAAUAGAGUACUCUUUCGAGUAGAUUGUCGCAACUGUAUCGCCCAAGCCGCAGUGAAUCUAACCACAUCCUACUGUUCCCAACAUAGAGAAGGUUACUUGCGGGCCACGAAAUGUAUGUUUCGUUAUUCAGACAAACCCAUUCCUUGGAAACUCAGGACGUUGCCUGUUUUGGAAGCACCGAACCCGAACAAUGCCACAGGGGAUAGAAACGAGUUUAUUCGGCUGCAGAGCGAGUUACUUAACCGACUUAGACAAGUUGCUGCAUCAGGUGGCUCUAAGAGGAAGUAUGCUCAAGAAUAUGGUCCUGGACCUCCUCCUUACACUAGAUUCUUUGCUGCUACGCAGUGCACACCGGAUUUGUCUGAGAAAGAUUGCAACGACUGUCUUCUUUUUGGUUUUCGGAACGCGACAAAGGGGAGAGUUGGGAUCAGGUGGUUUUGUCCCAGCUGUAAUUUUCAGAUAGAGAGUAACUUGAGAUUCUUCCGUCUCGAGUCCGAGUAUGAGUCUGAUUCAUCAACAGAACCACAACCACCAGGUGAAGACAAAUCAAAAAUUAUAAUCGCAACAGUUGUCUCCAUUGUUGGUUUUGCCGUAAUCUUAGUCUGUCUUUACUCCUUAUUGACAAGGAAUAGAAGAAGAAAGGAAGAAAAGAUACUUGAAGGCAAAGAUGUUGAAGAUAAUAAGAUUAGAAGAGAUGCACAAUUACUGCAACUUGACUUUGAUACUAUAAGAGUAGCAACUAAUGACUUCUCUCCUAAUAAUCAGCUUGGAGAAGGUGGCUUUGGUGCAGUUUAUAAGGGUGUUCUUGAUUCUGGGGAAGAGGUAGCUGUGAAAAGAUUGUCAAUGAAAUCAGGACAAGGCGACACUGAGUUCAAAAACGAAGUCUCCCUGGUAGCGAAACUUCAACAUCGUAAUCUGGUUAGGAUUUUAGGUUUCUGCUCAGAUGGAGAAGAGCGAAUCCUCAUCUAUGAGUUCUUCAAGAACACAAGUCUUGACCAUUUCAUAUUUGAUUCUAAUAGGAGUACGUCCUUGGAGUGGGAAACACGUUAUAAGAUAAUCUCAGGUGUUGCUAGAGGUCUUCUAUAUCUCCAUGAAGAUUCUCGUUUCAAAAUCAUUCAUAGAGAUCUUAAAGCCAGCAAUGUUCUAUUGGACGAUGCAAUGAAUCCGAAAAUCGCGGAUUUUGGACUGGCGAAGUUGUUUGAUACGGACCAAACAACUCAGACCGGGAUUACAAGCAAAGUUGCAGGAACCUAUGGUUACAUGGCUCCAGAGUAUGCAAUGAACGGGAAGUUCUCGGUAAAAGCCGAUGUAUUUAGCUUCGGUGUACUAGUCCUUGAGAUUAUUACAGGCAAGAGAAACAACUGGUCUUCAGAAAAACAAAGCUCAUUAUUCCUCAUCAGCUACGUGUGGAAAAACUGGAGAGAAGGGAAAGUGUUAAACAUUGUGGAUCCAAAUCUGAUAGAAACAAGAGGUCUAAGUGAUGAAAUCAUUGUUAGGGGUAGGUCCAACCCCAACAAAAGGGCCCGGCCCAGGAAAAAACCCAUAAAUAUUCCUUUCGAGAGAGAAGGGUAUUAUGGUAUUUUUCCUAGACGAACCGACACGAUUCCCUAUAAAUACGGGCGUACGGCCUGUAGAAAAGGGGAUCGGAGAAAAGCAGGAGAAUUCGUGUAG